AUGACCAAGCAUAUCGAGUCCAAGGCCGACGUCCUCAUCGUCGGCGCUGGCCCCGCGGGGCUCAUGGCCGCGCGCAUGCUCGCCGAGUUUGUCCGCCAGCAGCCCGACCUCGUUGUUCGCAUCAUCGACAAGCGCUCCACAAAGGUGUACAAUGGCCAGGCGGACGGCCUCCAGUGCCGCACGAUCGAGAGCUUCCAGAACCUGGGCAUUGCGGACCGUAUCCUGUCCGAGGCCAACGACAUGUGCACGAUCAACCUUUACAACCCCGUCGACGGCGUGCUUAAGCGCACCGACCGUAUCCCCGACACGCUGCCCGGCAUCUCGCGCUACCACCAGGUCGUGCUGCACCAGGGGCGCAUUGAGCGCCAUGUGAUCGACAGCAUCGACAAGGUGUCCGGUGGGCGGAUCAAGGUCGAGCGCCCGCUCAUCCCCGAGUCGCUCGAGAUCGACGAGUCCAAGGUCGACGACCCGGACGCGUACCCCAUCACCGUGAAGCUGCGUUACAUGGGCGAGGACGAGUCGACGCCGCGCCAGUUCGGGCACGGGACCGAGAACGGCCUGUUCCGCUCCAACCUCCAGUCGCAGGAGGAGGAGGACGAGCACUACAAGCUGCCCGAGGGCACUGAGGCCGGCCAGAUCGAGACCGUCCACUGCAAGUACGUGAUCGGGUGCGACGGCGGCCACUCGUGGGUGCGCCGCACGCUCGGCAUCGACAUGGUCGGCGAGCAGACCGACUACAUCUGGGGCGUGCUCGACGCUGUGCCCGCCUCCAACUUCCCCGACAUCCGCGGCCGCUGCGCCAUCCACUCGGAGAACGACGGGUCCAUCAUGAUCAUUCCCCGCGAGGAGGGCCUCGUGCGCUUCUACAUCCAGAUGGCGGACCGCGCCGACCAGGGCUGCCGUGUCGACAGGUCAAAGUUCACCCCCGAGACGAUCAUCAACCAGGCCAAGCGCAUCUUCGCGCCGUACUACUUUGACAUCACCGAGCUCGACUGGUUCACGGCGUACCACAUCGGGCAGCGCGUCGCGCCCAAGUUCUCGCGCUUCGAGCGCGCCUUCAUCGCCGGCGACGCGUGCCACACGCACUCGCCCAAGGCGGGCCAGGGCAUGAACACGUCCAUGAUGGACACGUACAACCUCGGCUGGAAGCUCGGCCUCGUGCUGACCGGGCGCGCGAACCGCAACCUCCUCAAGACGUACGAGAGCGAGCGCCAGCCGUUCGCGCAGGCGCUGAUUGAUUUCGACCACAAGUUCUCGCGCCUCUUCUCCGGCCGGCCCGCCAAGGACGUCGCCGACGAGAUGGGCGUCAACAUGGACGAGUUCAAGAACGUCUUCUUCAAGGGCAACAAGUUUGCCUCGGGCACCGCGAUCAACUACGAGCCGAGCGUCAUCGUGUCCAAGGGCGACAAGUCGCUCUCCAAGCCCGAGCUCGCGCGCAACAUUGAGAUCGGCACGCGUCUCCAGUCGGUCCAGGUGUGCCGCCACUCUGAAGGCCUGCCGAUGGACAUCCAGGACCUGCUGGUGACGAACGGCGCGUUCCGUAUUCUCCUGUUCGCGGGCGACGUGACGAAGCCCGCCCAAAAGGCCCGCGUACACAAGUUUGCAGAGUACCUCGACUCGGAGGGCUCCGUCGUGUCGCAGUACACCCCUGCCGGACGCAAGCGUGAUUUCGCCAUCGAGGUGCUCACCGUCCACGCCAACAGCCGCGACGACGUCGAGAUGCACGACUUCCCCAAGGCGCUCUACCCCAAGUUCGACUACAACAAGGUGUAUGCCGACUGCGAGACGUGGCACAAGGGCCACGGGCACGCGCACGACGGCUACGGCAUCUCGACCGCCGACGGCGCGCUCAUUGUUGUUAGGCCCGACGGCUACGUCGCCAUGGUCACGGAUAUCGACGACACGGCGGCUCUUGACACCUACUUUGGGCAGUUCCUGCGCCGCCCCGCGCAGCACCUCGGCGCGUCGACCGAGGUCGAGUGGACCAAGGUCGAGACCAAGUAG